GAAUUGAAGCUAUGUCGGCUUACUCUUUACACGCGUCGCACGGGGCACCUCGCUCGCAAACUUGCACUCGCAGUAUAAUGGUGGGAUUGCUGCGAUCACGACGUGCCGGUUUACAUUAAAUACAUAUUACGGUGACGCUAUGCGAAUAACAGCUGACAAAGGCAAUUGUUGACAAAGACUUGUAGAUAUCUGUGACUUAAGAAUAAAUUAAUGCCAGUGUUACAGCUUUGGAUAAAGGUUUUCUGAGGCUGAUUUUCUGUGUUAAGGAUACGUGCUGUGGCUACAUAACUUCAAUUGUUUGAAAAUGGGUUAACAUAUAAAUGAAUGGACCCUGUAGUCAAUUUUAAAGAGUCAACUGUCACUGCGAAUAGAGAAUUAGUGAAUUAUUUCAUCAAAAGAGUAUUAAACUAAUAACUAGCCAUGUAUUCUAUGAACUAUAUCGGCAAGUUCAUUGCGAACUUUCGUGAGUUCUACAAUGAAAUUAACGGGGCGACGCUGACUGGUGCUAUUGAUGUGGUGGUAGUGGAACAAGCUGAUGGAAGCUUCACAUGCUCACCGUUCCACGUCCGUUUUGGAAAGCUGGGUGUGCUGCGCUCCAGAUUCAAAGUGGUGGACUUAGAGCUAAAUGGCGAGCCCCUGAACAUCCACAUGAAGCUCGGUGAAUCGGGUGAAGCUUUCUUCGUGGAGGAAGUAGGUGAGGACGAGGCAGAGUGUUCUGCACAUCUCGCCACUUCGCCGAUUCCCGCAGCUCGAUUUGACGAAUUAUAUGAGCCCAGACGUCGAAACUCACUCUCUGCUGUAGAACCUGAUCAUGGCCAAGCAUCAGAUUACACAAAGCGAAGAUAUACUGCAGAUGGGCAAACUAUGCAGAAACCUAACUUAAGUACCCUAACAAAAAAAGUGAACCAAGAAGAAAAAUCUGGUAAUGAUACUGAACACGAUGCUCUGUUCGAAAUGGAAGGUUUCGAUGAGACUUCAUCAGAUCAAACUGAUGGUAGAACACCAAAAACCUUUGCAGCAGCUAAAUUAGGGGGAGCAGAGAGUGAAGCUAGCCAGACCGUGCAAAAAAUUAGCGCGCACAAUGACUUCCGACCAAUAGAGGCCGCCCCCUCUAACCAAGAAGAAUUAAAGCAAAAUGGAAACGGUAAAAAGAAAAAGAAGACAAGGAAAGUGAGCUCCAAGAAAAAACACCAAAGGAAAUCUUCAACUAGUUCGAUUUCUAGUCAGUCUGAUAGAGCCGGCUCCGACCAGCGGAGUUCGCAACCGACAAGUAUCCCCAAUGUCCACGACAUCAACUUCUUCAGCGACAGUGAAGUAACUGCUGCAACACUGAGUGAAGAGAUGUCAAACCUCAACCUGAACGGCGACAACCGCAUCCCGAUGGCGUUGUCCGACACAGCAUUUGAGGUGCACGCCGCCUCGAGACAUGCCAGAGGUUCCCGUGGAGGCACCCCAGUGCAGUCCGACACGGAGGUGGAACUAACGCGAACUACGGCCGGUGACAAGUCGUCCCAGUCGUGGAGGUGGGGCGAGCUGCCGGAGCCGCCGGUGCGGACGGUGGAGUCCCCGGUGACGUCCGCGUCGCCCGCGUCGCCCGCCUCACCCGCUGAGCCCGCCUCGCCCACGGAGCCGCUCAGCUCGGACGAGGAGCGGCCUGGCCGCCGGGGCGUCCUCAGCGGCAUGUUCCGGUUCAUGUCGACCCGCGAGGCGAGCAGCGAUGUCGCCGAAGGUGUCUACCUUGAUGACCUGGACAGAGGGCAGGUUGACCCAGAUCUCUAUUUCCCGAAACACCACACCGAUCGUUAUCGUACUGGAAUGCCAAAUGCCACAAUGGUCCCAGCCGGGCCAACAGAAGAAGAGUAUGAGUCCGGCAACGGUCCCUCGCUGCCACAGUCCCCGGCGUCACUAGAUCCGCCCACGCUCGACUCCGAUGACGAUGAGAAACUUCUUGCCAAGCUGGUGUCCAGGGGUGCGGUGGAGGUGUACGUGCGCGAGGAGAUGGUGUCGCGCGCGCUGCCGUUCGAGGAGUUCUGCGCGCGCGGCGCCAGCCUAGCGGGCGAGCGCGACGGCCGCCUGCUGGUGCGGCUCGGCGGCCGCCUGCUGCCCUGGCGCAGCGCCGGCCCGCUGCUGCUCUCGCUGCUGGCCUACAGGCGACCACUGCCCACUCGAGUGAUGGAGGAGUUAGAGAAGGGUACCGAUAAAGAAGGCGUAGAGUCGCAGUCGCGAGCGGCGGACAGCGCCGCCAAGCCGCGCGGCUACUCGUGGUGGAGCUGGCGGCGAUCCAAUGCGGAAGCGAAGCGUAAUGAGUCUUUACCAUCUACUCAUGAGGCUAAAGGAAACAGUUUGGAAGGAACAGAGACAGCAGAAUCAAAAGAACCAGUGGCUAAUGUAGAAAAAUUGGCUGAAGGGGAGAAAGUAGAAGUUACUAACAUUGACGAAAUAGUUGAACCUAGCACAUCUACGGUAGCUAAUGUAAUCGAUCCUGUGACAAUAGACAAUAAGAAAACACAAGACCAUGGAGGAGAUCGACAAGAACAUAGUUCAUCGGAAUCGGACCAAGAGGGCCAAGAACAAAGGCCCAUGCGCCGACAUUCUACUUUCCGUAAAUCUCUUAGAUUGUCAUCUGAACAAAUUAAAAAUCUGAACCUACGUGAGGGUAUGAACGAGAUGGUGUUCAGUGUAACAACAGCGUAUCAGGGCACGACUAGGUGCAAGUGUAACGUCUUUCGCUGGCGGUACGAUGACAAGAUCGUAAUCUCAGAUAUUGAUGGCACAAUCACCAAGUCAGACGUUUUAGGACACAUUUUUCCACUGGUGGGCAAGGACUGGGCGCAAUCAGGUGUUGCUCAGCUUUUCACUAAAAUCAAGAACAACGGCUACCAAUUGUUGUAUCUCUCGGCCCGUGCCAUUGGACAGGCAAGGGUAACUCGCGAGUAUCUGCGUUCUAUCAGGCAGGGUGAGGUGUGUCUGCCGGAUGGGCCGCUGCUCCUAAACCCCACGUCGCUUUUGCGUGCCUUCCAUCGCGAGGUAAUUGAGAAGAAGCCUGAGGAGUUCAAGAUACAAUGCCUCGCAGACAUUAAGGCAUUGUUCCCACAAGGAUCAAAUCCUUUCUAUGCUGGAUACGGCAAUAGAGUAAACGACGUGUGCGCUUAUCAAGCAGUUGGCAUUCCGAUCGUGAGAAUUUUCACUAUCAACUACAAAGGCGAACUGAAACACGAACUCACUCAGACAUUCCAAUCGACUUACAACGUGCAAAGUAACAUGGUUGAUGAUUUCUUCCCGCCACUGAAACGUGAUAAUGUUAUUAAAUCUAGCUCAAGCCUUAGGUACUCUCACAUGUCGGUGAUGGUAGACCAGGUGUUCCCCCCUGCUCUCUGCGAGCCCAGUGAUGAGUUCUCGCAGACAAUAUUCUGGCGUGAACCACUACCUGAGAUUGAACUGCCGCCCACCACUCCGCUUGUAUCCAAACAUUAACUAGUUGAAGAGCAUGAAUUACUUAAACUGUACCAUUCUCAAAUGAAAUAGGAGUUCAAUGUAAUCUAAGAUGAGAUAAUAGUAAUAAUGUUGGAUAUAUCUUACAUUUUUGUUGUCUCGACGAAUAUUUGUUACAAGUUGCACACACACACACACAAGCAAUAUAAAACACAAUAUUCGAAUAUAUUAUGAAUAUCUCUGCUAAUUCCCAAUUGGGGAAAAGCGUGACGAUAUAGUUAAAAGAUUAUUAUGGGAAGAAAAAACAUUUGAAAAUGUAUAAUCAACUAAAGUAUUUCUUUUAUCGAAAACAAUCACGUGAUAAAACACAGGGCUGAUCAUAAAAGUAAUGAAGAUAAAUACAUUUUAUUAAACAAAAACAACACAUAAAGUCCUACUCUCAGAAACAUUUCGGCCAAAUUACGUCACAUAUAGAUUAAUUCAACAAGAAAAUUUCACAGCUAGUUAACAAGACCAGUCGAAAUUUAAUGAAAAUUACCAACUUGAAUUUUUACCAAAGUGUGAACAGUUUCAUAUAAAUUAUUCUGAACUCCUGCGGGUUUGACGGUUCAGUUUAUCUUGCGCAGUGGUAACGAAAACGUAGUCAAUUUUUCUUACACUAGAUUAACGAAACGGUGGUGCAAUUUUUUCCAAGUACAAGUAAUAUGGAAUAAAAUGAGGGCAUAUUUUGUAUGCGACUAGUAACGAACAAGGGUCAGAUAUUUACGUCAAUUGAACGCGCACGUUAAAAACAAUAUAAUGUUGUUGUUUAUAAUGGAAUCAUUAAAACUUCACGUUUACAUUCAUUUACGAGUUUUCGAUUGUCUUAAAUACCGUUAGCUUCUACCAUAAUUCUAUUAUUUCAAGUUGCAUGAAAAACAAACUGACAGAGGUAGAUUACUGUGUGCGAAACUGUAAAAAAAGUUGCAGUUUAUAUAAAUUUACAUUUUGCAUAAUAUUUGUACAUGCGCAUUUUUUACGUCAUUUUAGAUACUAAAUAAUGUUCACGAAAUUAAUCAUCUCUGCAUUAAUACAAAACAACGAUAAGUACGAUUAAUCAUCUUGUCAUUGUUCUUAGAGUCAUUAUAAUAAUAAUGUCAUUGAAUUUUUUAUUCAAUGUUUGCUAUGAUUAAUUUCAUUUUAAAUUUAAUGGCAUCGCUGCUUCUAUUGUAGGUCGUUUACGAUAAACAUUAUUGGUCGUUAAUAUUUUUAUGAUCGGCCCUGCUGCUAUCGAAAACCAUCAGUUUGGAUUUGUAGUGCUUUAAAUGAAUUUAUUUUGAUAGUUUCAAAUUUUCAAAAAUAAAAAUAGCUUAUAUACCAUGCCAAAUAUAAUUAUAAUCUAUCAUAUUUUCAUAUUUGCAGUUUGAUCACGAUCUAUAUUUUUAAAUUUAUAUUUAUAAUCACACCACCGAUACAUUUAAUCAUUAAAUAUACUUAGAAAGUAGGUACAUGGCUCUAUAAUGUAGUAGUGACCAUUAAAAAAUAGUAAACAUAAUGUUCCUGCUACACACAAUAUAGGUUCAAGCAAUCAUUCUUUCAUUGUGCAUGUGAUUUUUGAGUAUAUUAUUUUGUAGGGAUUGAACAGUAAUAUAAUAGGGGAAAAUCAUAAACCAUAAAUGAGUUUGUGUGGUGAAUAUGCUGUGAUAAAGUGAUCUCCCAUUAUUCACAGUCGAUAAUUAGUACAAGAAUUGCGCUUUCGCCAAACAACUAUAAUAAUUUAUGCUUCAAUCAUAGAUAUAAAUCUAUCUAUAAGGGGCCUAGUAAGAUUGCUAAUCGCUGCAAUUGGAGGCUUUGAUGUUUUCAGACACCUUGUUUUUAGAUAGGUAACCUUCUGACUAAGUAGAAAAUUCGCGACUGGAUACGCCUAUUAUCCUUGUCCAGAAUUUUCUGCUAAUGUGUUGUUAGCCUUAUAAUUAUGUUAACUCAUAAACACUAUCAAGAUCUACUAUUUAUUUAGUCAUAGAUAGUAGUAUAGACAUUUUUGGCGUUGGUGUACAUAACAUCUCGUUAAUAAACACAUUCCUACAAAUACAUACCUACUUGACACAUGUACAACCAUGUUAACUAGGUACGACAAACUGCUAUACCUGUUUGUGCAAUAUAAAAAUAUAUUACAUUCUCUAUAUAAAGACUAUAAUUGCUUGCAAAAAUAAUUAACAAUUAUUAUUACGUGGCGUCUUUGUCAAUAAUUGUACUAGGUAAAUGUCGAUAAACUUUUUCGAUAGGGAAUUAGUUUUGCACGAAUGCUGAAUUCAUUGUUAGCUUAUAAUGUUGUAAUAGGUGUGUAUUACAAGACUGUUUAUUCCGCAGCUGUAAUGACAAAUAUCGUUAGGAAUUUAAGUUUUUUUGUGGAUGUUAACCGUCUUUUGAUUUUGCCGAUUGUGCAAGCUGUGAUGUCGUCGACUGAUAAAACAAUGCUUUAUUUUUAUACUGUGAUUUCUUGUUUGUAUGAGUGCUAAGUUAUCAUUGUGUUAAAAAUACAUUCACACAUUAUGUUGAUAAAUAUAUAUAUAUAUAUAUAUAGAGGCGUAGCUUCUGUUAGAUACAUAGUUUUAUAUGAUUUUUAAAAUACUAAAUAGUGAAAUAUAAUUUCUUUAUGACUUUACAUUAAGUUAAUUAAAGAUUGUUUAGAAAAUAUUAAUUGCAGAUUCCAUCUGAUUAAAAUUUGGUAUUUUUAUAAUGUAAUUUAUUAUUUUCUCUGUGAUUGUUUUAAUAAAUAUUUUAGCAAUG